AUAAAUGUAGCUAUGGUGACCACCCAGCCUUCGGCCCUAGAUUAAGUCUGUACGCACACAUGUAUAAUGUGCUGACUAUAAUUUUAAGAACUUAGGUAGAUAAGUCGCCCCACCGGAGAUGUCGCGCCGAGAUGGGUCAGACAGUAGAUUAGUUUUUUUGACAAUUAAAAGUACCUCAGAAUCGGUAACACGCUUUUAAUUUGUCUCCCGAAAUUCCUUAGUAGUAAUACUUAGUAAUUUCAAUAGUUUCCCCGCUCCGGAAACAAGAGUGGCGCAGCCGGUAGGAUUUCGCUGUUAUAUUCCUAAAUUCUUCGCGGUUUUAAAUUCGUCGCGUGUCUCGAGGACGAGCUGCACGAUAGCUGUGGGAAUUUAAGGACGAGUGAAAUCCGACGAACCAAAUAAAUUACUCUUGGUGCGUGUGGGCAAACAAAGGAAUACCAAGGAUGAGAGUAGCAGCUGGCUGGUGAGUGAUUUUUUCGCCAAUCCAUGUUCCUCUAUCCCCCAAUACUUAAUACCUACAUUAUUUUGAGAUUAAACCUCUCUCAUUAUAACGUGUUCAUUUAGAUUAUUGGCUUAUCUCAUUGUGUUCUAUAAAUAGAACCGACAUAGAGUAGUUAAACUUUCAGAGACGCCAAUUAAUUGUUAUCUCAAGUGUAUUCUUUGCAUUGAUAUUUUUAUAAAUGUGUUUUAUUAAAAGUAAUAAGUAAAGUGUAUGUAAUUCUACACCUAAUAUAAAAAAAUAUAUAUUUUAUACAUUAAUAUUUUUAAUUUUAUUACCUAAACUAUUACAUACAUUUUGCGUCUAAUUAUUUUCUGAUUUACGUGUGUUAUGUUUGAAUUGUGUUAUCUUGUGUGUUUCAUAGCAUAGUCAAUUGUACUCUCACGAAUUGUUUUAUCUGUUCCGUUCUCUACUCUGUGAACAUGAUGACUUCAGUGACUAUUGAACAAAUACCCAAAGAAAUUAUUCAAUUAAUACCUUUGUAUAAUGGUGAUAAAAGACAGUUAAAUCUUUAUUUGCGAAAGUGUCAGUAUGUCCUUGACCGAUAUAAGGGUAGCCACGAACAAAAUCUUUACGUUUAUAAUGUUUUAACUAGUCGAUUGAGAGAUGACGCCGCAGCGCUCUUAUCAGAACGUGAAGAUAUUGUGACAUGGUCUGCUUUUAAAGAUCUACUUAUUCAACAUUUUGGAGACCCGCGUAGCGAAGCGUGCAUUAAUAUCGAAUUAGAAUCCUUAAAAAUUAAAUCCGGUGAAAGUUAUUUAGAAUUUUGUAAUAGAAUCCAAAGUGUUCGAUCAUUAUUGAUGUCCAAGGUCAACAUGAUUGAGGAUACUGAUUUGAAGAGUGCAAAGACAAUUAUUUAUAACAAUACGGCCUUGAAUGUGUUCUUAUACAAUCUCCCAGAGAAUAUGGUUCGUAUUGUAAGGCUUAAGGCACCCUCUAGUUUAGAAGCGGCCUUGAGUAUAGUACUUGAGGAAGUUAAUUUCUUAGAGCAGUAUAAUACUAGGAAUCGCAUUUACGGUCAAUCUAGCAGUUUCGGAUCAAAAUUGGUAAUGACGCCAGCGGGAUACAAACCUUUAUUGCCAAAUAAUAUUACCACACCUAAAUUUAAUUUCGGUAUUCCACAGAAUAAAUUCAAUCAGCCCCAAGGUCAAUUACCAAAUGCAUUAACAUCACGCCCCAAGCCUGGGUACUUACCCCAAUCUCAACAAUUUGGGUACAGGCCACCCCAACAAUUCGGGUACAGGCCACCUCAACAAUUCGGGUAUAGGCCACCUCAACCAUUUGGGUACAGGCCACCCCAACAAUUAGGAUACAGGCCACCGCCACAGUUUGGCUAUAAACCGUUGCAACCUCAGCAGUUUGGUUACAAAUCCCCCAAUAAUUCUAAUACCCCACAAAUACUAAAACCUCAAACGCAAACUACUGAUGUGUCUAUGCGAACAGCCCAACCUAAAUCGAAUGUACCACAAGGUUUCAAUUUAAAUGAAUUGUCUGCUGACGACUAUGAGCCUUAUUACAAUAACUAUUACUCUAACUAUGACGAUGACUAUUAUGGUGACUCAAAUGAAAUUAAUUAUCAUGACGAGACUCAUGUUGACUAUGAAUUACAAUCAGAAAAUGAAAUUCAGGCACUGGAUUUUCAGGAGAGUGCCUCGACGGACAAGAAAUCUUAGAAUUAAAUUUUGACUCUAAUUUAGAGCUACCGUAUAUUUAUGUAGAAGAGAUAGAC